AGCCCCCUUCAAUGCCGGCCAUUUGGGCCUUCCCUUUGCCCAAUGCUAGAUUCGUCAUAGUUUAUAAAACGACUUGGCACGGCAGUUUAUCUUGGAUCUUGACCAUAGCAAUAUCCUGAUUGUAUUUUAAUAAAUAAAAAUCCAAAGUUGUUGGCUUCGUCAAGUCAAUGCUUAGAAAAAAGAAAAUAAAAAUGCUCCUUGUAUCCAAAUUUCCAAACCCAAUCUUAUUGCCCAAGCCAUUGAUCACUAUAAAACGACUCAUACCCUGCAAUCUUGAGUUCUUCAACUCACCACAACAAUGGCAGAAGUGAAGCUACAUGGUUUCUGGUCCAGCCCUUUUAGCUGCAGAGUUAUCUGGGCUCUGAAACUAAAAGGUGUAGAGUAUGAAUACAUAGAAGAAGACCUUCAUAACAAGAGUGAAUUGCUAUUGAAAUACAAUCCAAUUUAUAAAAAGAUCCCAGUCCUUGUUCAUGAUGGCAAGCCAAUUGCUGAGUCUCUUGUCAUUCUAGAAUACAUUGAAGAAACAUGGCCGGAGAAUCCCUUGCUGCCAAGAGAUCCUUACGACAGAGCCAUGGCUCGAUUUUGGAUCCAAUACGGAGCAAUUAAGUGUGCCGAGGCUAUUGGAGCGUUAUACGUAGCAAGCGAAGAAGAAAAGGAGAAGGCAGCAAAAGAAAUAGUGGAAGUGCUGAAAAUCCUAGAAGAUCAAGCCCUCGGAGACAAGAAGUUUUUUGGGGGUGACAAUAUAAAUCUUGUAGACAUCUCAUAUGGACCAUGUGCUUAUUGGUUGCCGGCCAUGGAAGAAGCAGCGGGUGUAAAAGUGCUGGAACCAAGCUCGUUACCUAAACUACAUGCUUGGGCUAAGAACUUCAUUGAAGUUCCUGUGAUUAACGAGAACAUUCCUGACCAUGACAAGAUGUUGGCCUAUAUGAGAGUUGCUAGGGAGAAGUUAGGCAAGAACUAGCCUUUGUAAUACUUUCGAUUUUGAAAGUAUAUUCAAUGUAUGUCUUUGCUUUGGUUAUGUAGCCUUUAUCUAUGAAGAACUAAUACUGGUGGCGGCAGCCAUUCAUG